UAGGGUUUGCGGUUCGAGCGUCGUCUCGGGAGAGCGUCCCAGCAUCUGUGACGCCAAAGAAAUUUGUGCCGAGGUUUUCGUCGUCCGGACUGGUUGUUUCGAUCCUUGGAGGUAACUGUAAGCCACACAGCCAUGCGUGGGAUGUCGAUGCUGUCAGGAACGCACGAAUUCAAUUACUAGAGCUUCUGGAUGCAAACGUGUUGGUAAUGGAGACCAGUUGGGACCAACCACAAAUUUGAGUAUCUCAGAUUCUCAGGUGUCUACUAAAUUAACUGCACGAUGGCCGAUUCUGAACCAGUACUCUUCUCGCGUAUUGAAUCCACAAGUUCACUGAUUGAGCAACUUCACAAGGCGUUUGGUGAUCUGGAGACUCACAGAGGUGCUUCCUUAAGCUGCAAACUGCAGUGGGAGGAGCUACAGGAACACUUUUCUACCAUUGAAAGUUCAUUGAAAAAGAGAUUUGAUGAAUUAGAGAAGAAGGAGAAGGAAUUUGAAGCCAAGGCAGCUGAAACCCAUGAAUCUCUCAAGCAGAGAGAAGUAGCUGUUGCUGCCAAAGAACAGGCAUCAUUGGAUCGUUUGCAGGUGCUGAAAGGUUCUGCUGUUGCUGAGAUUGAGGAGGCAUGCAGCAAGUACAAAAAAGCACCAUCCCCAAAAACAGCAGAUACUUCUGCCAAUUCUGAAUGCAAGGUAAGUAGCUAUUCUAAUGGUGAACCCAAUGCACCAUUAUCUGGUAUGGAGGAGAAUUUGCCUGAUAGCCCAAGCAGGUCUGCACCUGCUGAAGCGGCUGAAGUUAAGCCCCGUCCGCAGUUGAAGCAAUUAUGUGAAGAAAUGGAUGCAAUAGGGCUUCUGAAUUUCAUUUCGGAGAACCGGAAAGUUCUUUCUGCAAUACGUGAGGAGGUUCCAGUUGCCCUGAAAAGUGCGACCAAUCCAGCACAGUUGGUGCUGGAUUCGCUGGAGGGGUUUUACCCUCCUGGUCAAACAACCUCUCCUGGGGAUAAGAGGGAUGGUGCCCUUUUGGGUUUGAGAAGGUCUUGUAUUCUGUUGUUGGAGUCACUGGCUCCCCUUUCAACAGGAACUACACCAGAUGCGGAUCACCCUGUGAUCACCCCUGGAAUUAAACAGCAAGCGAAGGCAAUUGCUGAUGAGUGGAAGCCUACAUUGGCUGAUGUGGAUGCUGAUGCUGCCAAUGGCAAUUCAUUGGAAGUUCAGGCAUUCCUGCAGCUACUGGCUACUUUUAACAUUUCGUCAGAUUUUGAUGAAGAUGAACUAUGCAAGCUUGUACUUGCAGUCUCCCGUCGCAAGCAAACACCUGAGCUCUGCCAUGCUCUUGGACUUGCACACAAAAUGCCAGGUGUCAUUGAAUCACUUACAAACAGUGGGAGGCAAAUUGAUGCUGUCAACUUUAUAUACGCCUUCAAGCUUACUGAGAGCUUCCCACCUGUACCUCUUCUAAAGACAUAUUUGAAGGAUGUGAGGAGAGCUUCACAAGGGAAGGGUGGAAAUGCUGGUCCUGGUGCUGCUCAGAAUUAUGGCAAUGCAAAAGAGUUGGCUGCUCUGAGAGCCAUAAUGAAGUGUAUUGAAGAACACAAACUGGAGACAGAGUACCCGCUUGACCCCCUUCAAAAACGGGUGGCACAGUUGGACAAAGCAAAGGCAGACAAGAAAAGGAUGGGUGAAACCGCGAAACCCCAACCGAAACGGUCUCGUGCCAAUCCUGGCAGCCAUGGACAUUGGAUGGGCAUGACUGGCUCUACUAGAGUGGCAGAUGUGGCGGAAAGAGGUGCAUACAACAAUCAUGGGCCAGAUAAUAGGUACAUAUAUCCAUCGGCGACUGGGUACAACUACCAGGUACAGGCUGGUUACAAUGCCAUAAACCAAGGUCGUUACGACCAGCAAAGAAGCCAUGGAAGGCCUUAUCUUUAUCCGGAAAGUUUGGUGGCAUCUCCUGCUGCUCCUUACAGUGCAACUACAACCGGUUAUGGUGGAGUUUAUAUGGGUAGUGGAUUGCAGUCUUCCCACGUUCCCCCUACAUAUCUUUGAGGAGAAUGGAGGAUGUCUACAUGAUGAGGAAGAACGCUUUGUAAUUGUGGAACUGAUCGCUUCAGAGCUGGCUGCUGCUCUAUGGCUUUGGUCUGUUGUAAAAGCUGGCUCUGAUUUUAUUUCUCGUCACUGUGUUGUCUAGUAACUAGCUACCUCGUCAUCUUAAUCCUGAUCAUGAUGCUGAUGUUAUAGGUUUGAGUGGAGAUAAAGAGCUUUGUUUUUCCUGUGAUAAGUAUUUUAAUUUUUUAACCUUGUAUCUCUCCCUUCCCCUCCACGAAAGAGAGAAAGGAAAAAAUUUUCCUCUUGUUUUAUGUUCCGCGAUGGUAAUGGCACGUUCCUUGAACUCUGUCGGUCUGUCCAGUGCCAUCGUUGUUCAAAUUUGAACUCGGUUAAGGGCACGGGGUUUAGUCCUUGGAUUAAAUCAGCAGAAGGAUUUUGGUGACUGUA